AUGGGGGCCGGGAUAUCCCGUGGGAAGAACAAGUCCAGCAAGAACCAGCAGGGGCGCCUGCUGGCUUCACCUGCUGCACACAGUCCGAGUGCUGCUGGUGUGUCGAAGCAGCAGCACACACAACAAGCAGCAGCACCUUUGUCAUCUACUCCUGAGCGCUGCGUCGCUCUUUACCACCGCGAGAGUGUAGAGAAGGAGAAGGAGCAGGCCCCAAGCAGGCUACGAACUCUCAGGGCCCCGGGGGGUGGAGCCCCCGCGGGGCCCACGGGGGCUCCGUCUAGCCGACGGGCCAGAGGUAACCUCCCUCGCCCUCAUACCCAGAGCGCCGUUCAGAGCGCUGAGUUCAUAGAUGAGGCGCCUAGCACAACGGUGGUAGAAGCGCCAGUGUCCCCUCCUGUGAAGGAGAGUGGAGACAGUGCAGCUGCAGCGGGCAGUCCUGCAAAGUCAGAUUUCAGCAUCAACAGAUCGAACUUCAUUCUUGAAAAUGCCGGGAAGAUACAAACACUUUAUGAUAUUGAACCCACAACACUCGGGUCAGGAACUUACGGCAGCGUCUCCAGAGCUAUUCGCAGGUCCACUGGCAUGCAGCGCGCGGUGAAGACAAUCAGCAAAUCGCAAGUCAAGAGCAUUGAGCGAUUCAGAAGGGAAAUUGAUAUCAUGAAAAGCCUCGAUCAUCCAAAUGUCGUCAAACUAUUUGAGACAUUUGAAGAUCACCGGAACAUCUACCUCGUCAUGGAGCUGUGUGAAGGGGGGGAGCUGUUCGAUCGAAUUAUAGCGGAGGGGCAUUUUACGGAGAAGAGGGCCGCGCUGUUGAUGCGGCAGGUCUUCUCUGCAGUAAAUUAUUUGCAUUCUAAUCACAUUAUGCACAGGGAUUUGAAACCUGAGAACUUUCUCUUUUUGAGUCCCGCAAGAGACAGCCCUCUAAAAAUCAUCGACUUCGGCCUUUCUUGUCGGUUUACGCCGGGAGAGUUCGUAUCGACAAAGGCAGGCACGGAAUUUCUUAUCUCGUUCGUGCUUUGUUAUGCAGUGCUUGUGCUUGUGUAUGGAACGCCUAUGCUUGCCAUCAGGGUGCUUGUUGACUUGUUUGCUCGUAAUCCUUACUACGUGGCCCCGCAGGUCCUAGAGGGUCGUUACGACUACCGCUGCGACGCUUGGAGCUUGGGGGUUAUUCUGUACAUUUUGUUGUGCGGGUUUCCCCCAUUCUACGGCGAUACUGAUGCUGAAGUAUUGGCACAGGUCAAGGCAGGGGCGUAUUCAUUUGCCGGGCCCGAAUGGAGAAGGGUCUCAGAUGAAGGGAAAGACCUCAUUAGAAAACUCCUCAAAAUCAACCCAGAUGAACGGUUGUCAGUAGAAGAGGCUCUACACCAUCCAUGGAUUAUGAGCUUAGCACAAAGCAGCCAGAACGUGCCUCUUCCCGUUACUCUCAUGGCGAACCUCAAGGGUUUCCGGGCCCAGAACCGUUUAAAGAAGGCGGCAUUGACGGUCAUAGCUCAGCAUAUGACAGACUCCGAUAUCGACCAUCUUCGCAAAAUCUUCAUUUCGCUCGAUGUUGAUAACUCCGGCACGCUUUCUGUCCAGGAAGUGGCAGAGGGAUUAAAAAGAUUGGGGUGGAGGGAAAUACCGCCAGAUCUGCAGGCGAUUAUGGAGGAAGUAGAUUCUGAUAAGUCAGGGCAUAUUGAUUAUACAGAGUUCAUCGCAGCGACAAUGGAUAGAAAAUUGUAUAUGAAGGAAGAUGUCUGCUGGGCGGCUUUCCGCGUAUUCGAUUUGGAUGGUAACGGGAAAAUAUCGCAAGACGAGCUCCGUCAAGUGCUGGGGAUGCCGAAUGUUCAGGGGGCAGUCGGCACCGAAACAAUUUCUGCUCUUUUAAGUGAAGUCGAUUUAAAUGGAGACGGAGAGAUCGACUUUGAGGAGUUUAUGCACAUGAUGCGGAAGCGAACGCCUGGGGAAAUUCAAAGAGAAAGAGACGCGAAGAAGAAGUCGGGGAAAGUAUGA